CACUAAGUACCAGCUAGUACAUCAUGCAUGCCAUUCUGACUCCUUUUGAGAACCAGCAUUCUCCACUGAAAGUAGCCAAAACACUCAUCAAACCAAAAGAUAGCACUAAAUACCUUGGAGUACACAUCAACAAGAAGCUCAACUUCAAGGAGCACAUGGAGUAUACCAUUGGAAAAGGAGUGACAGCAGCAUCAGCCCUAACACAGCUCACCAACACAACAUCUGGCCUAAUGGUUUCAAGAAUGGAGUAUGCAUUGCCAGUCUGGUACAACCUGAUACAUGAGGACGAGGAGAGAUGCCAAGGAGCAGUAGGAAUGGCAAGGAAGAUGAGCAAACCUCAGUGCUUAGCAUGCAAGGUUAUGGCCAGUGGUCUAAGGUUGAUGUCCAUGGAGACCUUAGGCUAUCACAUCAAUGUCCUUCCCACACACCUUUGCAUGAACCUUGCAGCUUACAAAUUUGCAGUCAGACUGUGCACUCUCUCACCCUCUCACUCCCUCCAAAAGGUGGUAACACACUGCAAACAAGUCUCAUGCUUCCAUUGGUCGCUGAUCCACUACCUCAUGGCAGCAUUUGAAGAUCUCCACAAAGUUUGGAAGACUAUUUCUGCUGGCAGAGCUGACAUGAUACGAUCCACUGCUCUCAAGUUCAGUAUGGCUGACUUCAAGAAGUCAGCAGAGCAAGAUGUGGCAAAGUUUCUCAAAGGUGACCACUACAUCUACUCUGAUAGAUCUGGCUUCAAAGCAAAGAUUGGGAUGGCUGCAUGGAUGCAACCAUUAGAAUCUGCUCCAAAUGGGGAAGUACUACACUGUCUUCAUCUGGGUCCUGAAACUCAUCAUACUGUCUUUGAAGUGGAGCUAGUAGGCACUCUCCUUGCAAUUGACAUUAUCAAGAGUACAUCUCACCUCACUAAGGCAACAAUACUCCUAGACUCACAGGCUGCCAUCCUGGUGCUUCAGUCUGGAAACACAAAGUUGGGAAAAUAA